CCUGUCCCCAUAAACCCUAGUCUUCCCUCAAGAGCAAUGUUUUAAAAACUUGAUUGGACCGUGGAAACCCUAAACCUUUCACCCAUGGAAGAACAAACAGCCCAAAACCCUAGACUCCCACCUCUCUGCCAGGAGUGCAAAUUGAAUCCGUCAAAGUACACAUGCCCGGGUUGCUCUGUGCGCUCCUGUAGUCUUCCUUGUGUCAAAGCUCACAAGCAACAGACUGGGUGUACGGGCAAGAGGCAGCAGACCCAGUUCGUUCCCCUCUCUCAAUUUGAUGAUAAUCUCCUCUUAUCUGAUUACAAUUUGCUCGAGGAAGUGAAGAGUGUUGCAGAAUCUGCUCAAAGAAGGAGAGUUAAACUGUGCGGGUAUUCUCAGCUUAAGUUUCCAUACCAUCUUCGAGGCCUUAGGAAUGCUGCAGGAAGUCGCAGGACGAAACUCCUAUUUCUCCCCUGUGGAAUGUCAAAGAGGGAAAAAAAUAAAUCUCAAUACAACCAAAGAUCUAAAUGCAUUACUUGGACAAUUGAAUGGCGGUUUCAUUCAACAGAUGUUGUUUUGCUCGAUCACGGGAUAAAUGAAAACUCAACCCUCUCAUCUGUAAUUGAGAAGCAUCUAAAGCCUGGUCCAUGGAAUCAUAAGCUCAAGCCGUUCUGUGCAGAGCAGCUGGACUGUCUCAAGUUUUUCAUUCGUAAAUAUCCAAAGGGCCCCAGGUCACCUUUCCAUGAGUUGGAUAUAAGAGCUCCAAUAAGACAGCAAUUUGCCAAUUUAGCUAUUCUAGAGUACCCUCAGAUUCAUGUUUUCCUCCCUUCGCAUAGCUAUGAUUUUGAUGUCAUUAAAGAUGCCAAUCCCCGCCAUCGUCAAGCAGACCUUAAGGAGUCUCUUACCAUUGAUCAGCCAAGUCCAAAAGGCAUUUCGUUCAGGGAAGAGGAAAUAGAAGAACAUGGUGGUUCUUUAGAUUCUCAGGUUCUAGAUCUCAUGCAGCAUGUGAAAUCGACACAAGCUAAUAAGCCACAGUCCAGCCCCCAGAAGAAGGAACCAGGCGAAAACAUAGAUUUUGAUUUUGAGCAAGGCUUGCUUGAUGUAUAUUCUGAUAUCAUUGCUCAAAUUAAUCCUGAUGAUUUUCUUGAUUGGGAAGGUGACUUUUCCAAGGAAGUGAAAUCUGAAGAAAGAAUAGAUUGUUCAGAUUUUGGUGGAGUUUUCCCAGUGGAGGAAUUAGAGGAAGGGGAGAUUCCUGGGUGCUGAACAAUUGAAUGCUCAUUGCUCUGUUCAAGACGAAUAAGAACUCAAAGUAGAAGAAUCAUCUCCCUAGAAUUAUCUCGAAACAUGAAGCAAAGUCCUCAAUUCUUUGUGCAUGACACAUCCAUUUAGAUGGAGCCUGAGGAGGCUGUGGAUUGAGUGAUUGUGGGCACAACACCUUCAUCCCUUUGUGAUCAAUGGCAAUGCUUAUGGUUGAAACUGCAGUCUCUGUUGGUGGGGUUUCUCAAGUUCUGAAAUAGCCUGGCUUCUUGAUCUUCAUCGUAUUCUUCAGAGGUGCAACAUAGAUGUCUUGGAGCAGCACUUACUGUUAUAGUGAUUUAUGGUCUUGUCAUUUUGUUUCUCUCCAGUGUCAAACUUUCUGUUCUUCCGGAAUGUUGUUACUGCAAACAAUUAAUAUGGUUCAUUUAUAAAUUAAUCAGUUGGAAGAGA